UAGCAAAACAUAAACACCAACACAACACUCAACUGAACCAUCGCAUGAGAUAAUCAAAGAAAAAUAAACAACACUACAAAUUCAACACAACACUCAUCCUUUUUUCUUUCAUUUGCAAAGAUAUGGUGAAUUCUAUUUCAUUCUUCACCUCUCUUCCAGAAGAUAUCAACUUCAAAAUUGCUUCACUUCUUCAGGUGCGGGAUUUGUGUGCUUUGGGUUGCAGUUCAAAGUUGUGGAGACAAGUCUGCUUCUCUGAUUCCAUUUGGCAUGUUCUUCUCACUAACAGAUGGCCCUUAUUCCAUUCUCCUCUCUCUCCCAAUCUCAAGACAUGGAGAAGAUUGUAUUUCGAGAGGCACAUUGAGUUGGGACUUAGAGCAGGGUCUGUUGAAAGGUUUUUGAAAGCCUGUUCGCGUAAAGAAUCACUAGAGGUUGGGGACUAUCUGCAAGCCUUUGAGAUCAUUAAUGGUGCAAGGUUUGGUUUUGAAGAUAUCCAAAGGUUCCUGUUUAAACCUGAAAUGAAUGUGUUGGUUAACUUGGUUGGUGUGCAUUAUUGCAUAACAAACCUUGGGAUUCAGGGUGAUAAUCUUGUUGAAGUCCUGCGGACCUGUGAGAUCUCAAAUCGGCAUGUAUGCGUCAAGUGGUGGAAACUUGGUAGGUGGAUCUAUGGCUACCGCGGGAGAGAUGAGCUACUUUUUCGUUGGGUCUCUCUGGCAGAUUUGACAGCAGAAGAAAAUGAGUUUGUUUUGGGAGUGCUUCGUCGAGGUACUGUUCUCGAGGUUUUACGUGUUCAGAUCUCUGCUGUUGGUCAUAAAUCAAUCAAUACCUUGGUCCUAUCGGGAUGCCCAGUGAUUGGAAUAGCUGAAGGGAAAUCAACUAUACAUGUUAAUAUCUAUCAGCAUCAACUAUAAAUGUCAAUAUUUAUCAGCAUGAGUAUGUAUAUAAUUAUAGUAUUUGUCAAUAUAUAUUACUAUCUGUUAGUAUGUGUAUAAUUGUAGUUUAUAAAAUUCUGCAGUAAUAAUACUGCUAACAAAGUCAGGGCAGUGAUAAAUAAUAAUGCUUAUUAUCUUCUUCA